AUGUUGACAUCCUUUUUCAGUGACUGUGGCGUGCUCUGCUCAUUCGAUGUCUUCUCCAAUCGCAAGCUGCUUUGUAAAAUGAUCAACGGAUGCUUCUAUGAUAUUAUUUUCGUACCUCGCGACCUUCUCGAGUCCGAUGAGUUCAUCAGCGCAUUUCCCUAUCACCCGCAACAGUGUCCCAUUGUUCUCUACGUGUACGUUUUCUCCUCCCUCAAUUACCCUCAGCAAACGCCCCACUCGCCACGCGAAGCCCUUCAGUACGUGUGUUCUUCUCCUCUCAUUGCAGACUCGUUUUCGCUUCCCUUCCUGCCUCCAAAGUGUCCCUCGACCUUCGUUGGACCCUACCCGAUCAGUGCCGAAGUGGUCUUCCCCUUCACCAUUCUGGACGUCGCGUACAUCAUUCUCCAGCACGUCUUUCUCCCCGUCUUUUCCCAAUUCGACAUGGACGCCGUCGUUCUCGAGUCCAAAUUCCUCUUCAUGAAGCAGAUGGUUCUCUCCGGAGCGGACAAGCCCGACGCUCCCUCCUCCUCUCCAGUGGUCAUUCCCGUGCUUCCUCGUCGCUCCUCGGCCCUUCCUCGGCCCUCCACAAGCGACCCUCCCCCCGUCGACCCUCCCCACGACGAUCGCGCCUCCUCCUUUCUCUCCGAGUCCCUCCUCCCUUCGCUCCCCUCCCAUCCCUACUACCCCGACAUCGUCGACCCUUCGCUCGGCGCCUCCUCCGACUUCUCCCCGCUCCUCGGCCUCGACCUCUUCGCCCUCCCGCCCGCCUUCGAUCGCGACACGCUCUGCUCCGCCUGGCGCGCCGACUGGGAGGACCGCCCGCUGCCUUCGCCCUCCCCGACCGACCGCGACGUGCCUCCUCCGCUCGACCGCUCCGUGCUCCUGGUGCGCUCCGGGAAGGGCGUGGAGGUCUCGGGAGACUCGCAGCGCGCGGUGAACCUCAACCUCACCCUGCCCUGCCAGCUCAUCGAGCCGCGCGCGCCCUCCAAUCCCAGCGAGGUGUGCUUCUACGUGGGGAACCAGCUCGUGGACGCGUCCCCGGUCGACGGCUUGCUGCGGUCCAGACAGGUGCGGCCCGCAGAGAAGAGGGACCGCACGGAGAUCCCGCAGUACGAGUUCUCGCUGGAGGAAAAGGCGCUGAAGAGGCUGUGCGCGCGGUUCUACACGCUGCCGUCCAACGCGAUGAUUCCUACGGGGAUGCUGGUCACUCACACCGAGAAAAGGGGAAACGUGGAAACUGAGGAGGGUGAGGAACGACAGAAUGGAGAAAUGGAGAGAGAGAGGGAGAAAGAAAAAGAGAGAGAGAAGGAAAAAGAGAGAGAAAAUGGGAAGGGAAAAGGAAAGGAGAAAGGAAAAGGAAAAGGGAAGGGAAAAGAGAAGACGGGAAUGUCCAAAGAAGAAAAGAAACGACUGCAUGAUUCGCUCUCGGUGUUGUUCCACAGUCUGUUCGAUAAUUGUAGCUACUUCUUCCCCGAAUUUGAUAAUAUUAUUGGGUUUAAAACGCUCGCUCGAUCGCUUUAUGAAGGAUACAACAAAUGA